AUGGCGUCUUUUCUGCGUAUAACGGUGCCCCGUUGGGCCGAACGUGCGCUAUCGAGGCGGGCGUUCCGCAGCGCAGAUGACUGCUACAGCCUUCUAUCGCCGGGCUCCUCCAUCGAGACCCAUGAGCUGUACGACGCCCUCAAGUUCCUCGCCAGCGGCGUAUCUGAGCGCCGCAGCGCCCUGUCUGAUGACCGUUUCGGCGAGAUUCUUUGCCAGGUCGAGAGCCGGCUGCCCAGCCUGAACUCAUCGUACAUGGGCAACUUUGCGCUGCGUGUUGCAGCGAUAGUGCAGACGUCAGGCAACUCGGCAUCGGGCACUGGACCGGCCAAUGCCGAGCGCGGCCGGUCGUUGCUAUCUAAGAUCGCUGCCACCAUGGUUGAGAAAGGCGGUCAGCCACGUGAACUGGCGCAAGUAGCCUAUGCUGCUGCCGCCACGGGAGCCGACUCGGAUUCAAUUUUCGAGUAUUCCAAGCAGCAGAUAACCGUGGAAAUAGAUUCUGCUACGCCUGAUGCGCUGAAUCUUGCCCUGCAGACAGCCUAUAAGAGAGGUUCGCGUGACAAGAUCUACUAUGCGCUGCUGUGCGAGAAGUUGUGCGAGCUGACGGACAGGUUCACCGCCAACGACGUGAUGCAUACGUUGCGUGCGCUUGCUAAAACUGGUCUGUUGAAGGGAUUUUUGCUUCGGCGCCUGUCGACCCUGAUAAUGGACAACCUCGACCAGUUUACCGCUGCGCAGCUGGCGGAGGCCUCAUACCGGUUGAGCCAGCUAAAGUUCCUGACUCCCGCCAACUUCUCUCGGAUAUAUUCCGCGAUUGAGCCAGACCUUGGUUCCCUGGCCGACCACCUCCGCCUGCAGUUGCUCGCUGCUGGCUGCCUUUCUGAGCGCGAGGACCGCAGCGCCCUUGAGAAGCUCCUGGAUUCAUUGGAAUACAAAAGCAACUGGGAUCUAUCAGGUUGCGUCGACUUCGUGUACUCUAGCGCCUAUCUACGCCGUUACGGCGAGCAACUGCCUAAAGUGCUUGCCGCGGUGUCGGAGCGCCAGCCUUCGCUGACCAGGAAAUAUGCAAUGUUGUUGAAGGAAGCGGUUGAUUCGUUCGAGGUGGAAAAGGUGCCGAUCACUUUCGAUUUGGGGCCUCGGUGGCGUGAUGUGCUCGCCACUUUCGAAAAGACCGAAAGCGAGUUGACCCAGGGCACUCCUGCGUUCCAGGAGGUGCGCAAGAUCCUACAGGGCGCCUCCAGCAACUUCGCAGAAAAUCAGACGGUGGGCCCAUUCACUGUCCCGUUUUUGGAUUCCGAGCGCAAAUUCGCCAUUUUGAUCGAGUUCGCCAGCAACAUGAGCAACCUUCAUAUCAAGAUGAGGUGUCUGGAGGCGUUGGGCCACCGUGUUGGCGUGGUGAGGUAUUGGGAGUGGCGCCGGCUUAAGACCGAACGCCAAGAGCUCGAGUACGCAUUUCGGCUGUUUGACACUCGCCGCAAGGGCAGUCUGACUUUUCUGGAGCUGAAAUCGCUGCUCACCUCCAUCGGAAUAUCGUUGACCCGUAACGAGCUGUCGUACCUCCAGAUGGAGGAGGACAUUCGCGGCGGCUUCAUUCUGGAGGACCUGUAUGCGCUGGCGACGUCAGUCUACACCGACGGUGUCAUCCGCCAGCGGCUCGCGCAAUCGCUAGAAGCUCACUUCCCCAAGCAGGAAAGAGUCAGCCGCAAGGACCUCGAGCCGUUGCUAUACAAGCUGGGGCGUCGUCUCCUGGUUGACCCUGCCGAGAUAGAGACCUGCUUGAACGUUUACUGCUCCGGAGGCAACGGCGACCAGAUCUCAAUAUCAAAUUUCAUCGACAUGUAG